AUGUCGAGUCAAGGACAUGUACUCAGCACGACUUCUCUCACUCUGUGCCAUGUGUGUUAUAAACAUUUUAAGUUGAGGCAGGAUGGUACUCUCGUUAGACAUGGUGGAAAAGUGAAAGGCUCAAAAUGUCCGGGAUCUUUAAAGCACCCACCUUCUAACAGGAAACAACGAAGGUCGCUCAAUGUCGUAAACGCAAACAUUUCAAAGACGAGUGAAGACUCGGGGGUUCUUGAUACUGCUGUCGAUAUGGGGGGUAAAUCGUCACUGGCUGAAAUUUUUUUUGAAAAAUCAUCUGGCUGUCGGUUGAUUGACCAUGGAGGCAGUUUCCAAAAGGAACCUCAGGAGAUAGAAACAACAGAACUCAUCUGUGCCAUGACCGGUUUUAUCAAUCUGCUGUUGGGCGGCGUUUGUCCACCCGAGCUGGUGGAUUUUAAACAUAUUAUGUCAAUGAUGACGGAGAUUGGCAAGCAUGAUGCCCUUGUCCUGUUGACGCAGGCAGCAUUCAUUCCAAGGCUGUCAUACUUCUUACGUACCUCUUCUGGCCCGUCUCAGGAAACGUCAGAUGAAUUCAACAACGAACUGCGCAUGGGUUUUCAGACUAUAUUUAAUGUUUUUUGA